CAACAAAUAUGCAGGACUCUGCUGUAUGCUCAGGCAGCUCUGAAAUCAAGAGUCGUGCUGUGGUCAAGUACUCUGCUGCCCCUCCUCCUACCAGCUAUGCCUUGCUGCAGGAGAAGACAGACCUGAAGCUGCCUCCUGCCAACUGGCUUAGAGAAAACCCCCAGCUGGGCAGUGCAGGCACAACUAUAUUAGGGUCCAGCAGCAAGAGCAAGCCCUUUUCCAGUUUUGGGAUGGCCUACGACUUCAUUGACUGCAUUGGCGAUGAUGUUGACGUGGUGUCAGACUCAGAGAACAUCAAGAAGCUUUUGAAAAUUCCCUUCAGCAAGUCCCACGUCAGCAUGGCUGUUCACCGGGUCGGGAGGACGCUGCUGUUGGAUGAGCUGGACAUUCAAGAGCUCUUCAUGAAGUCCUCUCAGACAGGAGAUUGGACGUGGCUGAAAGAGUUUUACCAGCGGCUAAUUGAUCAGAAAUGGCAGAGGAAAAAGAAAAGUAAAGAGCACUGGUAUCAGCGAGCAAUCCUCUCAAAAUUCCUCUAUUAUAGUAUAAAUGGUAAUGGAGCCGAGGAGGCUGUACCAGACAACUCGAAUGAGGGGGAUGUGAAAAAUGGGGCAGAGGAGUUCAGUUAUUCCUGGCUUGCCUCCUUCAUGAGCACACAGUCAGACGCGGAAGUGUCCGAUGCUCCCAAGGAGGGUUUAAGAAAUGACUUUGUGCGAAACAUCAGGUGGACGUUUGAGGAUAUCCACAUGCUGGUUGGAUCCAACAUGCCUAUUUUCGGAGGUGGUCGCUAUCCUGCUGUCAGUCUAAGACUCAGGGACAGCAAUAAACCAAUCAACAUUCUGACAGGUAUCGACUACUGGCUCGACAAUCUGAUGUGCAAUGUCCCAGAACUGGUUAUGUAUUUUCACACUGAUGGCAUUGUUCAGAAAUAUGAGACGAUAAAGACUGAAGACAUCCCUCAUUUGGAGAACUCGACAUUCUCUACAAAGGUGGUGAAAGACAUUGCCCAGAAUAUCCUCUCCUUCCUCAAGUCGAACUGCACCAAAGAGGGUCACACCUACUGGCUUUUCAAAGCUAGUGGGAGUGACAUUGUGAAGCUUUAUGAUCUUACUACUCUGUGCGAGGAGGCUGAAGAGGAGAAAUGUCAGAUUCCCUUCACUCUUCCUGUGGCUGUGUUAUUGUACAAAGUGGCAGGCAACUUGAUGCUGAAGGCGAGGCAAAACAGGAAGCACUACGGCACAAUCCGAAAACUACUCUUAAACUGCGUUGAACUCCUGGAUCAGGAGCGGCAUCCCCAGAACAUUGCCUCAGCCUACUGUAUGCUAUCAGAGCUGUUCCUGCUCGAUCUGGCUCCGGAGGAUUCUAAGGAUGAAGGGCAGUCGCUCCAGUCCGGGAGCUCAGAGGACAGCUACAGUGAUGAAGACAGAGAGGAAGAGGAGGAAGAGCUGACGGAGAACAGGGCUGACAACACAUCCUUCAGCAGCCGCUCCAGCCCACAGGACGAUAAUAAUGCCGUAGCAGUUAUCCCCUCUGUAGGGGAGCUGUUGGUCCCGGACAGAUACAGAUCUACUCACCAGAUCAGACCAAGUGAUACUUUACCCAUUUCUCAAGACAAGGAGGAAAAAUGUAGACACGUCCUGAGCUAUGUACUAAAGGGCCUUAAGGCAGUGGACAGCAGCGUUAAGCAGGAGAGUGAUCUUCCAGCCGCAGACCCUAACACACCAAUCCCCCUCAAGUAUGAGGACAGAGAUGCUAUUGGAGCCUGUGCAUCCGAAAAAGGCACCUGUCUUCUGCUUGAAAGAGCGGGGCCCAUGCAGGUGGACCAGAAGCAUCCGACACGCUCAGGGAUGAUCCCAGGCUCCUGGCAGCACCACAUGAAGCUACAGCUUUUCCUCAAAGCCUCCAAGGCCUACUAUGUCCUGUCUGAUGCGGCCUCUAAUUUGCUGAAGUAUGGACAAGCUUUGCGUUACAUAAAGCUCUCUCUGCAGUGCUAUGAUGCCUAUUGCUCUGUGAGCAGUGCACCACAGCUACAGGUGCUACACUUUCACAGCCAGUGUCUGUCUCUGUGUGGAGACAUCCAGCUGAUGUUGGCCCAGAACGCCAGCAACAGAGCGGCUUACCUGGAGGAAUACAGCUAUCAGACCAAAGAGGACCAGGAGAUCCUUCACAGCCUGCACAGAGAAAGCAGCUGCCAGGGUCAGUCACUAAAAACCUAAGGGCCAUUUACAUGCAG